GUCCUUAGUACCAUCAAUGGUACUACCGAUACUAGCACGUGUCGCUAGUACCAUUGCAUCGAAAUCAUACAAAAAAUAUAUACAUAUAAUAGGGGUUUAAUAGUAAAUAAAUAAUUCCAACAAUUCAUUGAGGAAAAAACCUUCUUGGCUGUUUCCGCUACGUUUAAGUGCUAGAUUAAAUCCUGGCCACUUCAAAGAUUACAAUCUUCUUUUAAAUAACUCAUUGGAAAGCAUCUUGUCUUUUGCCGUAAACAAAUGAUUACAUUGACAUUAUAAGUAAAUGUAUUAAUUGUGGGAUGGAUUGUGUUUUUAAUUAAAAAAAACGUAUUCAAUUCUAAACCUAAGGGAUAAAAUGGAUAUUAGUAAUGAAAAACCAAAUGUGAGCAGUGACCAAAAUGAUAUAAAAAUAGUCGCUCGUGGACGCGGCAAAGUGUUACUCUACAACGGCCACCAAUAUUAUUUCCACGUGCGGUAUAAAAACAACAAUUGUUUGUGGAGAUGUAAAAAUUACAAAACCUUUAACUGUACUGGAUCCGUUACGAUUACCCAGGAUCAGUCAAAGUUGGUACAACAAAGGCAGCAUUCAGAGAACUGUUUACCAGACGAAAAUGAAAACAUUAUGUGUAUUAUCACAAGCUCAAGCUUAGACAGAGCAGCAUCAAAUGUCGAAGAGACAGUACCUGCGGUUUACAGAACUACCAUAGCAUCAAUGAAAGAUACAGGACUACACUUGAUUAAGAAAUUACCCACGUAUAACAAAUACAAAUGCAAAGCAUACAGAAGAAGAAGGAAAUUGGCAGGAGUUGAGAAGAUGGCAUACAAUGACAUGAAAGAAGUUGAAGUGCCUCCAGAUGACUUCCUUCUUGCUGAUUACCGUGAUGGCAACGAUCGUAUCCUGAUUUUUGCUCUAAAAGAAGCGAGGGAAAUUGGACGGCUGAUCAAAGAGUGA